CAAGUAACGCAACAUAAAUAGUUUUUAUUGAAGUUAUCCCUGCUGUGAUGGAUAGUCUUAUAUAACCUUUUUUUAAACAUCACUUCUCCUGUUUUUACUAUAUUUAUUUAUAAAGACAGUGCAUUUGUGUAAAACGUAUAUAGAUAGAUAGAUAGAUAGAUAGAUGGAUGGAUAGAUAUAGCUAUAGAUAGAUACAAAUAUAUAUAAAAUAGUGAUUUUCUCUGACUCAUUUUAAGAAGGAUAUUAGUAAUGUAUGUUGUAGUCGUGUUUUCUCCACUCAUUACGGUAAUCUUUGAGCCAACAGUUGCGCUCGGUGUUUGUCGUUUUAAAGCGGUAAACUGCUGAAUGAGAGGACAUUUUAUUUUUAACAACCCUUAUUCUAGUUUGAUUUUGAAUAUGGAAACCAGCUUGUCAUUUCUUUUUGAAUUGCACUGAAAUUAACGACCGACAUCAGUUCUUCCUGACAGAAAAUAAUGUCCCUGGACUGUAGCGCAUUGAUUUUUGAGUCCGCGCGUCAUUUCCACGCUGUUUUGAGCUGUUUCCUCGUUUAAGCGACGGUUAUUCUGUGAUAUAUAAUGGCCAUGUCAGUCUCGGAGAGAAACUCUGGAUCUGAGGAGAAGGAAGAGGAGAGCGAGGAUGAGAGUGAGAUCGUGGAGGAGAGUCCGUGCGGUCGCUGGCAGAAGCGAAAAGAGCAGGUGAGUCAGGGGAAUGUUUCUGGCGUGGAGAGAGCCUCUCUGGCCAUGGACACUGAAGAGGGUGUAGAGGUGGUCUGGAACGAGGUUCUCUUCCAGGACAAGAAGGUCUUCAAGACAGUGGAGGACAAAAUGAAGGAGAUGUUUGACAACCUGAUGCAGGUGGAUCAUCCAAACAUCGUCAAAUUUCACAAAUAUUGGCUGGAUAUCGGAGACAAUCAUGCCCGGGUUGUGUUCAUCACAGAGUACAUGUCGUCUGGCAGCUUGAAACAGUUCCUCAAAAAGACCAAGAAAAACCACAAGAGCAUGAAUGUCAAGGCCUGGAAACGCUGGUGUACGCAGAUCCUGUCUGCCCUCAGUUACCUGCACUCCUGUGACCCUCCCAUAAUUCACGGCAACCUCACCUGUGACACCAUCUUCAUUCAGCACAACGGCCUCAUUAAAAUUGGAUCAGUUUGGCAUCGGCUCUUUGUGAAUGUGUUCCCAGAAGGGGGCGUCCAAGGUAAACUACACCAACACCGAGACGAUAAGAGGAACCUGCACUUCUUCAGUCCAGAGUAUGGCUCAUGUGAAGAUGACUAUGCUAUUGACAUCUUCUCUUUUGGGAUUUGUGCUUUGGAGAUGGCCGUGUUGGAGAUCCAGGCCAAUGGAGAUUCAGUUGUGUCCAAAGAGGCCAUAACCAAUGCGGGCCAAUCAUUGGAAGACCCGCUUAUGAGGGAGUUCACCCAGAUGUGUGUGCGUCACAGUCCCAGACUCCGGCCGACGGCACAUGACCUGCUGUUUCACCGCGUGCUGUUUGAAGUGCACUCACUCAAGCUGCUCGCCGCACACUGCCUCAUCAACAACCAGUACAUGCUUUCAGAGAACUGUGUGGAGGAGAAGACCAAAUCAUUUGACCCAAAUGGAGUCAUGGCAGAGAUUAUUCACAAAGAUCGUCCUUGUGUUCAGCUCAAGUAUUCUCACGUUUCUCCUCUAGAGCUGGACAAGUUUCUGGAGGAUGUGAAGAAUGGCAUUUACCCGCUGAUGAAUUUUGCGUCCACUCGACCCUAUCCUGUGCCCCGCGCCCUCUCCAUGUACCAAGAACAUGUGGAGACGGCGAAGACCCCCACACCCGAGCCACAAGACCCUGAGACCAGGAAGGUGGUACAGAUGCACUGUAACCUGGAGUCCAAUGAAGACACUACUAAAACCCAUCUCACUCUAUUCUUGAAACUUGAUGAUAAACUCCAUCGGCAGCUCAGCUGUGAUAUUAUGCCAAAUGACAGUUCCAGAGAUUUGGUCAAUGAACUUAUCCAUUAUUCCUUCAUCAGCGAGGAGGAUGGUGACAAGAUCGUGGCAUUCCUGGAGGAUGCUUUGAACCGACACCGUGGGUCUGCUAGUGCCAUAACAACCAUAUGAAUGACCGUGGUCUGUUGCCAUCGCGAUGGACACGUGGAACCUGAGAGGGAGGCCCGCCAACACAGUAACUAGGACAAUGGAAACAAACGAUCCAGUUUGUCAGUUAGAAUGGAUAGUUGAAAUUGGGACUGUGGUCAAAUUAAGAUGACAGAACAUGGCACACUGGUUUUUAUGACAACGGGUGAUUUGACCAGGUUAGGGGGAUCCAAGAAUGCCCACAUCUAAGAUGAUUGUGCUAACCUCCCCGAGUCUCCAUCCAGCACUUCCAGGUGUCACAGUAGGAACCGUCCUUCCCACAAUCCCACGGGAUGCUUAAGGGCAGUUCGGCUUCUCUUGAAGAGAGUUGUACAGUAUGUGGUGUAGAAGGUGUCUGCUGUGGAGAGCUCAGUAGAUGAAAGCUAAUUUGUUAAUGUUCAAUAUUGCCAUUUUUCUUCAUUUUGUGUCUUAAACCCAGUUCUAUGGAAAAACUAGGCCAGAAACAUAUUCUACACAAGUAUGCCAACACAUUGCAAGUGCAUGUGCGUUUUUGUGUUACUGUGGCAUUAACAAACCAGAGUACUCCAGAGGGAAUCAUACAGUUGCUAUAUAUAUAUAUAUAUAUAUAUAUAUAUAUAUAUAUAUGCCAUUAAAUCCGAUUUGGUGAUAUAGCUAACUAUAAACAUCAGAAGUUAAGCUUGACAAGUUUCUCUUCAAACUGUUGCUCUGUCAUAUAAAGAGUUUACUCUAAUGUUCAUGCUUCGCUAGUGGCAAUGCUUUAAAUCCGAGGUAGCACAGCUAGAAGCAUUAAGAUUGACUGACUUGCGUAGAUUGUUACUGUCCUGAGGAAAUAACAAACUUGGCAUUAAUAUGGCAUCAUCGGAUUGAAGAGUCAGUUAGGAUGUACAUUUUCUGGAGAGUUACCCAUUAUGUUUUAGCUCGUCAGUUUGCCCAAAAUGCAGUCUUCCAAAAUAUAUCUUAUGAAGAUGUUGCUUUAACUGAUGUGGUUAAGGCCAAUUAAAAGAAUGUGAUUUGUAAGUCUUCACAUUGCCCUGUCUGCUAUCAAACGAAUGUCUUAAUAUGAAGUUGGAGUGUUUUGCAUAUAAAGGAAUGUAUUGCCUUGUAUGAACAGUGCUGUUUUCUUGUGUGUAAUAACUCUAUUUGAAAAUUAUUUCAAAGAGCCACAUACAGAUCGUGAGAAACGUGAAGGAUCCUGGUUAGUCAAGCAGCUAACCAGUUGUCAAACUACAUGGUUUUGGUGAUGGCUUUAAGAUCUAAACAUUUUUGUUUGAUAUACGAAGAAGUUCUUUGUCAUCAGCAUUUACUUAACUGAAUAAAGUUAAACUAUCUCUAUUAAAAUGAUCACGGUUUAAAUAAA